UCAGUGAGGAGGCCUUGAUUGUAACACUGGAGACAAUCCAGUUUUCAGCUGCAUCUUCCACCAAGGCAGCUCACUUCACUGCUCCAGCCCAACUGGAAGAGUUGCAAGAAGUUGUUUUUGUUUUUUGUUUUUUUCUAAUACCAUUCAGAAUCCCAACUUCCUCCCCUCACUGUGGAGAAAAGCACUGGGGGGGAAAUAGGGAAGUUUCACUAAAUGAAGAAAUGAGUCCAAUAUGCAAAUGAUUCCAUAAACAGGGUCCUGGAAUUCCUAACGUUAGACUUACUCAGGGAUCUAAAAAUUGUUGUCUUGAAAAACUAGCCAACCCAUCAACCAAAGAAAAUGAGAAAAUAUCGACAUUUUUCCUUAGCAGCAAUCUUUUGUAUUUUACUCUCAGGCUGUUAUAUGGCUGAUGCUCAGCAAAAAGCAAAUGUCAAAAUCGGUGCCGCUGCUGAUAUAAUAUUUCUAGUGGAUUCCUCUUGGAGCAUUGGAAAAGAACAUUUCCAACUUGUUCGAGAGUUUCUGUAUGAUGUUAUAAAGCAAUUAGAUGUGGGUGGAAAUGAUUUUCGGUUCGGUCUGGUCCAGUUCAGCGGAAACCCACAUACAGAGUUCCAGUUAAAUACAUAUCAUACUAUCCAAGAUGUCCUCUCCCAUAUUUCACACAUGCCUUAUAUGGGGGGAGGAACCAAGACUGGACAAGGAUUAGAGUUCCUAAUUCAGAACCAUCUAACUAAAGCUGCUGGAAGCAGAGUGAGUGAUGGCGUCCCCCAGGUUAUUAUAGUGUUAACGGAUGGACGAUCCCAAGAUGAUGUGGCUCUGCCAUCAUCUGUUCUUAAAUCUGCUGAUGUAAACAUGUUUGCCAUUGGAGUGCAGGAUGCAGUGGAAGGGGAAUUAAAGGAAAUAGCAAGUGACCCCUUUGAUAUGCACCUGUUCAACCUAGAGAACUUUACUGCUCUCCACGGCAUUGUAGGAGACUUAGUUGCAAGUAUUCGCUCAUCUAUGACUCCAGAAAUGGCUGGAGAAAAAGGAGUGAUUAAAGACAUCACAGCGCAAGAAUCUGCUGACAUUGUUUUCCUUAUUGAUGGAUCAAACAACAUCGGCGCUGUCACUUUCGCAGCCAUUCGUGAUUUCCUCCCAAAUUUUAUUGAAAGACUCUCAGUUGGAGCUGAGCACAUACGCAUUGGGGUGGUGACGUAUAGUGAUCGACCCAGAACUGUGUUCUCCUUGAACAGCUACACCCGAAAAGCUGAUGUUCUAGAUGCAGUGAAAGGCCUUAGCAUCCCUGGUGGUGAGGAAGCUAAUAUUGGGGAAGCGCUUGAGUAUGUGGUGCAAAACCAUUUCACCCGGUCAGGAGGCAGCAGGAUAGAGGAAGGUGUGCCACAGGUUUUAGUGCUGAUAAGCAGCAUUGAGUCUAGUGAUGACAUUAGAGAGGGAGUUUUAGCUAUGAAGCAAGCUAGUAUAUUCUCAUUUUGCAUUGGGGUCCAAAAGGCUGACAAUGCAGAGCUUCAGCAAAUUGCUACUGACGGAAGCUUCGUAUUUACUGUCCUGGAUACAAGUAACCUUGGUGAACUUCAAGAACACUUACUGCCAAACAUUGUUGGAGUGGCCCAAAGGCUCAUUUUGUUAGAUGCCCCAACCAUUCUUACAGAAGUUGUUGAAGUCAAUAUGAAGGACAUAGUCUUCCUGAUAGAUGGCACGACGGCAUUGGGAACUGCCGCUUUUAAUGCAAUCCGUGAGUUUGUUGCCAAAAUCAUCAGCAGACUGGAAAUUGGACCAAAUCUGAUCCAAGUUGCAGUGGCACAAUAUGGAGAUGAUGUAAAAACAGAAUUCCUUUUCAAUACCUACCAGAACAAAAAAGAUGUUACUGCAUAUGUCAGGAAAAUGAAGCUAUAUGGUCGUAAUAGACUCAAUACAGGCGCUGCACUGAGGGUUGUCAAAGACAGCUUCUUUGUCAGUUCUACUGGAUGCAGGAUUGAGCAGGGUAUUCUUCCAAUGCUGGUCCUUAUUACUGGAGGUCAGUCCAGUGAUGAUGUUGUCCAAGCAGCCCAAGAACUGAAAAGGAAUGGCAUAGUGUCCCUUGCUAUUGGGGCCCGGAAUGCAGAUCGUGCUGAACUAGAACAGAUUGCCUAUGAACCAAGCUUGGUAUUCAGUCCUGCUGAGUUCCGCCCACCUGCACUGACAGCUAUUCUUAACAAUGUCACCACACCUAUUAGGACGCUCUCUGUAGCUCCUCUGGAAACAGAAGUUGUGAUAAACAAAAGGGAUAUCAUCUUUCUUUUGGAUGGAUCAGUCAACGUUGGAAAUGCCAACUUCCCAUUUGUCCGUGACUUUGUUGUGAACCUAGUUAACUCCCUUGAUGUUGGAAUUGAUGAAAUACGAAUCGGCCUUGUGCAAUUUAGUGAGAAUCCUAAAACUGAAUUCUUUUUAAACACUUUCCUAACCAAGUCAGCAGUACUUAAUCGCCUGAGGCAGCUGGGAGUCCAAGGGGGGUCAGUGGUGAACACUGGCGCUGCACUAGACUUUGUUCUUUCCAAUCACUUUACUGAAGCUAGUGGGAGCAGGAUAAAUGAAGUUCCCCAGGUACUAGUCUUACUUUUGGCAGGGCCAUCUGCUGAUUCAUACCAACAGGCUGCCAAUGCUUUAGCUCGUGCAGGAGUGCUGACGUUUUGUGUUGGUGUUAGAAAUGCCAAUAUAGCAGAACUUCAGCAGAUCGCAUUUAAUCCGUCAAUGGUAUAUGUUAUGGAUGAUUUCAAUAAUCUGCCAGCUUUACCACAGCAAAUGAUUAGGCCGCUAACAACCUAUAUUAGUGGAGAUGUUGAAGAAACUUCAAUCAUAACAGUUACAGAAAGCAAGAAAGAUAUUUUAUUCUUGAUUGAUGGCUCCCAAAACCUUCAGGGUCAGUUUCCUGCUGUUCGAGACUUUUUGCACAGAAUAAUUUCUGACCUGAACGUGGGCCCUGAUACCAUACGUGUAGCUGUGGCACAAUAUAGUGACAACAUCGUUCAAGUUGAGUUCAACUUCCAUGACAUUCCAUCCAAGCAAGAGAUCCUUCAGAAAGUGAAAAGGAUGAAGCUAAAAUUAGGGAGGGUAAUUAACAUUGGUGCUGCAUUAGAUUAUGCCAGGAGGAACAUCUUUGUGAGGGGUGCUGGAAGCAGGAUUGAAGAGAACGUGCCACAGUUCAUGGUGCUCCUUGCUGCUGGAAGAUCAAGUGAUGAUGUAGAGAAUACUGCUUAUGCCUUGAGACAAGUUGGUGUGGUCCCUUUUGUUAUCAGAUCCAGGACUGCUGAUCUUGCAGAAUUAGAAAAAAUAGCUUAUAGUCCUGAUUUCAUUCUACAUGCUGAUUCCCUGUCUAGAAUUGGAGACAGACAAGCUACACUAAUCAAUCUGUUGAAAACUAUCGACAUUUCAUUUACAGCAGAUGUUGAAGGCCAGAAGAAGGAUGUUGUGUUUCUGAUAGAUGGCUCAGAUGGCAUCAGAACAAGUUUCCCUGCACUUAAGGACUUUCUGCGAAGAGUGGUUGACAGUCUGGAUGUUGGCCCUGAUAAAGUCCAGGUUGCUGUGGCCCAGUACAGCAGUAACGUAAGACCAGAGUUCCUUCUGAACAGAUACUCAGACAAGUCAGAGGUGAUCAGGGCCAUCCAGGGUUUGACUGCUAUGGGAGGCACUCCACUUAACACUGGGGCUGCCCUGGACUACCUUUUACGCAAUGUAUUCACAAGCCAGGGUGGAAGCAGGGUCUUGGAAGGUGUCCCACAGUUCUUGAUCCUGCUUACAGCUGACAAAUCAGAAGAUGAUAUCCGAAGGCCUGCUCUGGCACUGAAGGCAAGUGGUACUGUACCUUUUGGCAUUGGAAUCAGAAAGGCAGAUAUCGCUGAACUGCAGACCAUUUCAUUUGUGCCUGAAUUUGCGAUUCAUGUUCCUGAUACCAGUCAACUGAUCAGAAUGCAGCAGCUCAUUUCAGAGAGAGUGACUCAGCUGACCAGGAAAGAAAUAGAAGCAUUGGCCCCUGACUUGACGCCUCCCCUACCUGUCCCAGGGGAUGGAAAGAAAGAUGUUGUAUUCCUUAUUGAUGGCUCCCAGUUUGCAAUAUCUGAAUUCAGUUCUAUUCGUAGGUUUAUUGAGAGCAUUGUAAACAGCUUGAAUGUGGGUUCUGAUGCCACACGAGUAGCUGUGAUUCAGUUCAGCGAAGACCCUCGGGUGGAUUUUCUCCUGAAUGCUCACUCCACCAAGGAUGAGGUGGAAACUGCAGUGAAAAGGCUAAGACCCAAAGGAGGUACACGAGUGAACCUUGGAAAUGCCCUACAAUUUGUGUCAAAGAAUAUCUUUACAAGGCCUUCAGGAAGUCGCAUAGAAGAGGGUGCACCUCAGUUUUUAAUCCUUCUCCUUUCCCACCAACCUGAUGAUGAGGUAGAGGAACCUGCAAUCCAAGUCAAACAAAUUGGAGUGGCACCACUAACAAUUGGGAAGAAUGUGGAUGAUGAGGAAAUGGCCAAAAUAGCUCUUAGUCCAGAGUAUGUGUUCACAUUGUUGUCCUACCAGGAUCUGCGUAGUCUGGAAGAGAAACUGAUAACCCCUAUAACAACACUCACUACAGAGCAGAUACAAAGACUUGCCAGGGUUGCUCGCCCCCUUCCACCAGUUGACAGUGAAGCAAAAGACAUCAUCUUUCUUAUUGACAGCUCCACUGGCGUCGGGACAGAUGGUCUUGUUCACUUUCGAGAUUUUAUUUCCCGGAUUGUCCAGCAGUUAGAUGUUAGACCAAGCAAAGUGAGAGUUGGUGUGGUCCAGUUCAGCAAUGAUGUGUUCCCUGAGUUCUUUUUAAGAACCCACUCAUCCAAAGAGACUUUGCUAGAUGCCAUACGCCGCUUGCGGCACAGAGGAGGAUCUCCCCUGAAUGUUGGGAAAGCUCUGGACUUUGUUGUAAAGAACCACUUUGUUAAAUCUGCAGGAAGCAGACGAGAAGAUGGAGUCCCACAGCAUUUAGUUCUUUUGCUUGGAGGGAGAUCUCAGGAUGAUGUCACCGGACCUUCAGAUGUGAUGCAGAGAUUUGGGAUUAAACGUUUGGGUGUAGGAGCAAGGAAUGUUAACACUGCAGACUUGCAAAAAAUUACCAAUGAUCCCAAAACUACAUUUGUUGUUAGAGAAUUUACGGAGCUUCCAACAGUACAGAGAAAAAUCUUUGAAUCACUUGAAGGACUUCAGCCAACAGUGAUACCACCAAUUGAAUUUCCUCCCGUUGAUGGCACCAAGCAAGCUGACAUUGUGUUUUUACUGGAUGGCUCCAUCAACUUGGGGAGAGACCAUUUCCAAGAGGUUGUUGACUUUGUCAGUGGCAUAAUUGAUGCUAUUUAUGACGACGGUGAUUCCAUUCAUGUUGGCUUAGUCCAGUACAACUCGGAUGUGAGUGAUGAAUUCUUUUUGAAGGAUUUCCCCACCAAAAGCCAGAUCUUAGAUGCUGUGGAUAACAUAGUGUACAAAGGAGGCAUAAAGGCCAAUACUGGAGCAGCUAUCAAGCAUGUCAAAGCAAAACACUUUGUGAAAGAGGCUGGCAGUAGGUCAGAUCAGAGAGUCCCUCAGAUUGCCUUUAUUAUAACAGGAGGCAAGCCAGAUGAUGAUGGACAGGCAGCGGCCUUAGAGCUGGCACGGCAAGGUGUCAAGGUUUUUGCAGUUGGUGUGAAGAACAUUGAUAAUGUUGAAAUUUCCAAGCUCUCCAGUGAUAGCAACACAGCUUUUAGGGCUGCAACUACCUCGUUGCUCUCUGAGUUGAAUGAGCAAGUGCUGGUUACAAUGAACGAUGUCAUGAAAGAGCAGUUGUGCCGAGGAACUGUGGAUGCCGCAAAAGAUUGCAAUCUGGAUGUUAUACUUGGAUUUGAUGUCUCAGAUGUUAGACCGGGGCAAAAUAUAUUUGAUAUUCAGAAAGCACUGAAGAUGAAGAUGGACGACAUUCUGAACAGAAUUACUCAGAUGCCAUCAAUUAGCUGCACACAUGACCGGAAGCCUGUUAUACGAGUGGCUCUUCUGGCACAGACGCCCUCUGGAGUGGUGGAAGCCUUUGACUUUGCUGAGUACCAGCCAGAGUUGUUUGAAAAGUUUGAAGCCUUACAGAGUCGCGGUCCAUUUGUCCUAACUGCAGAGACUCUGAGAUCUUAUCAGAAUAAAUUCAAAACAGCUCCUGCUGGAAGUGUGAAGGUGGUCAUACACUUAACUGAUGGCCCUGAUGGCACCAGGAGACAGCUAGAAGCAGCAUCUGAAGAUCUAAAGAAAGAUGGUGUCCAUGCUUUCAUGCUUGUUGGGUUGGAACAAGUAGGAAAAGAUCUGAAGGAUAUUGAGGAUUUGAAGUGGCUGGAAUUUGGGCGUGGCUUCACUUACAAUCGGCCUCUCCGAGUGAAUCUGCUGGAUUUAGAUUUUGAAAUAGCAGAGCAACUGGACAAUAUUGCAGAAAGGGAAUGCUGUGGGGUUCCAUGCAAAUGUUCUGGGCAGCGGGGAGAUCGAGGGCUGCCAGGUUUAAUUGGACCAAAGGGAGUUUCAGGGGAAAAUGGCUACACAGGCUAUCCAGGAGAUGAAGGUGGACCGGGUGACCGUGGGCCACCGGGGAUAAAUGGAACUCGGGGAUUCCAAGGCUGUCCUGGUGAAAGAGGAACUAAGGGAAACCGUGGAUUUCCAGGGGAAAAGGGUGAGGUGGGAGAGACUGGCCUUAAUGGAAUAGAUGGUGAAGAGGGAGACAAAGGCCAUCCAGGUUCUCCUGGGGAGAGGGGAAGCCCUGGCGGAAGGGGAGACAAAGGAGUCAAAGGAGACAGAGGAGAUCGAGGUGACCGUGGACUGCGAGGAGAACCGGGUGCGCCAGGACGUGAUAAUACCACGAGAGGAAGCAGAGGCUCCAGAGGUGAAAUUGGACCAACGGGAGAACCUGGAAGAGAUGGAUCAUCGGGUGCCCCAGGAGCACCUGGAAGGAAUGGAGGAAUUGGCAGAAGAGGACCCCCAGGAGUCAAAGGGAACGGAGGCUCAGCAGGUCCAAAAGGAGGUGUGGGAGAACAGGGUGUAAGAGGAGCACAGGGACCACGUGGUCUAACUGGAAUUCCAGGUCUUCGAGGAGAGAGAGGCAUCCCGGGGCCAAGGGGGGGCGGAGGUACACUUGGACCUUCAGGAGAACGUGGCAGACCUGGUCCUCUUGGUAAAAAGGGUGAACCUGGUGAUCUUGGUCCAAAGGGGCCCAGUGGUCCUCCUGGGCCUCGAGGAGCGAUGGGAGACGAUGGACAAGAUGGAACUGGCAGACCCGGAACUAAAGGCAGAAGGGGAGAAUAUGGUGUCCCAGGAUAUCCAGGACAAAGGGGUCCACGUGGAGAUCGUGGUACUGCUGGAGAUCCUGGCCCCCAAGGAAACAGAGGCUUUCGGGGAAAUGCAGGGGAACCUGGCACACCAGGUCUAAAAGGAGAAAGAGGAUAUCCAGGCCCAGCUGGAUUUAAGGGGAACAGAGGAGAAUCAAGAGAUCAAUGUGCACUUGUACUCAAUAUCAGAGAUAAAUGCCGUCCAAAGGAAUGCCCAGUUUACCCAACAGAAUUGGCAUUUGCUAUAGAUACCGCUUCUGGUACAAGUGAGGAUGCUUUCAGAAGAAUGAAGCAAGCAGUGUUGACAAUUGUUAACAAUCUCACAAUUGUUGAGAGCAACUGCCCACGUGGUGCUCGGGUUGCAUUGGUUACUUAUAACAGCGACGUCACCACUGAGAUCCGUUUUGCCGAUUUCCAAAAGAAGGCAAAUCUCUCACAACAUAUUGAUGACCUCCAGUUCCCACAAAAUAGAAAACAGCGAAGCUUAGAAACAGCAAUGUCCUUUGUGGCCAGGAAUACCUUCAAACGUGCCCGCAGUGGGUUCCUUAUGAGGAAGGUGGCUGUUUUCUUCAGCAAUGAUGUAACAAGAGCAUCUUCACAACUUAAUGAGGCUGUACUGAAACUCUACGAUGCUGGAGUUGUUCCUUUGUUCCUUACAGCUAGAGAGGACCGGGCCCUCAUAAACGCAUUGCAGAUCAACAACACUGUAGGUGGACAGGUGAUCACCUUUCCUGCUGGUGCAGCUCAACUUAACCAAACUAUCAGGAGAGUACUAAGCUGCCAUGUUUGCCUAGAUGUAUGUGAUCCUGAUCCCAGCUGUGGUCCUCAAAGGCCCAUCUUUGGCAGAGACAGACGCUCAGCCCUUACAGAUGUCGACAUUGAUAUAGCAUUCAUCCUGGACAGCUCUGAGAGCACCACUCCUCUGCAAUUCAGUGAGAUGAAGAACUAUAUUUCAUACUUAAUAAGCCAGCUGGAAAUUAGCUCUGAGCCAAAAGCUUCCCCACGCCAUGCCAGAGUUGCUGUUAUCCAACAUGCUCCCUAUGAGUAUGAAUCAAACUCAAGUACAUCUCCCAUCAAAGUGGAGUUGUCACUGACAGACUAUGGAUCCAAAGACAUGCUAACGGAUUUCAUUAGGAACCAAAUGGUGCAGCUGAAUGGCAAACGAGCUUUGGCAAGUGCAAUUGAAUAUACUACAAGAUACAUUUUUGAAAGUGCAUCAAAUCCCAGGGAUCUAAAAGUCAUUUUCCUGAUGGUGACAGGAGAUGUUAAAACCCAAGAACUUGACCACCUUCAGAAGGUUAUUGUAGAAGCUAAAUGUAAAGGAUACUUUUUUGUCAUCAUGGGCAUUGGAAGGAAGGUUAACAUCAAGAAUAUCUAUAAUUUGGCAAGUGAGCCCAAUGACAUCUUCUUCAAAUAUGCCGAUAAGCCAUCUGAGCUGCAUGAAGAGCCUUUUCUACGCUUUGGAAAUCUUUUGCCAUCCUUUAUCAGCAGUGAAAAUGCCCUUUACCUGUCUCAGGAUGUAAGGAAACAAUGUGAUUGGUUCCAGGGUGAUCAACCACCAAUCAAAACAUUUGACAAAAACAUUACAUUACAAGUAAACAUUCCAAACAAUAUCACUGCUAUGCCUGCCACAACAGAAAAACUGGAAGCAGCUAAGCACACAGGUGAAGUCCGAAUAACUGAUAUCACGGAGAACAGUGCUAAACUACACUGGGUGAACCCCAAGCCUCAACAUGUCUAUGUCUAUGAUAUCAUGAUCACCUCAGCACAUGACCACUCUUUAGUUUUGAAGCUCAACUUAACUGGCACUGAGCGGGUCAUUGGAGGCCUUGGGAGUGGGCAGGAGUACCAUGUCCUUGUUACAGGUUACCACAACGCAGAGGUCAAAGCAACCUACAGAGGAACAUUUAGCACAAAGAGCAUGACCUUGCCCAAGUUACCUUCUGCAGCAGCAGCCAACCUGAUGGUGAACACUGAGCCAUUGGAAGGACCUGCAACAGAUCCUUGCUUGCUGGACCUUGACAUGGGCACGCAGUGCAAGGAGUAUCAGGUUAAGUGGUUCUUUGACUACAAAAACAAGAUCUGCACCAAGGUUUGGUAUGGUGGGUGUGGCGGUAACGCCAAUAGAUUUGAGACAGAAGCUGACUGCAUUAGCAGAUGCUUGAAGCCAUCAGAGGAGCAGGUCAUGCAGCUGCCUGUCCUUGAGAAAAGUCACUUCUCAGGACAGAAAGUGCUCAAGAAGAAGAUACCCAUGAGAAAAUUACCCCAAAGAAAAUUGGGAAUCAGAGCAAAAAAGAUAGCAGGAGCAGUUACAGAUAUCUGUAAGUUGAGAAAAGAAGAAGGAACCUGCAGGAAUUUUGUCCUAAAAUGGCAUUUUGACCGAGAGACCAAAAGUUGUGCUAGAUUCUGGUAUGGUGGCUGUGGAGGAAAUGAAAACAGAUUUAAUACACAAAAGGAGUGUGAAAAAGUCUGCUUGUCAGCUCAUGUGAAUCCUGGUGUUGUGACCACAAUAGGAACUUAAAUCACAGGAAGACAUCAACACAUACCUCGAAGAGAACCAGGAGUCAGCCAUUGCCAACAUACCCCUUGUAGAAGCUAAGGGUAUAGACUACCUUGCACUGUGCUCUUUCAUGCUUUACGUUCCAAGCAAACCUUGAAAUGUGUUGCUGCAUGAUUUUAUCAAUAUGGUGCUAAACUGUUUGUGGACUGAAUGCUAAACAUGUCUGGGAUAUACUCUAUACUUUCAACUUUAUGUAAUAUUUACCCACCACAGAUUUAUUUGUCUAACAAAUUACAGUUUCCUUUGGAUUUCGGCAUUAUGUCUGUUUCAGGCAAUGUAAGGACUAGAAAAUAACAAGAAAAAUUUCACUGCAACUGUUAUGUACUUGCUUUAUCAUUUCCAUAACUGAGCAUAACUUUAGAAGGAAAGCCUUAUAUAAAAGGGAAUAGUCAGUUCUGAAACACAAGCAGUCCAACUUUUCAUUCUGUUUUUACUCUUGCUGGAUUAGAUGUCAUACUAAAUCUCUUUUAUGCAUAUGUGAUCAAUCAAACCAGAAAAAAAUGCCACAUUUCUUAGUACAGAUGCACUUCUGGGACCAACAACUGAGUUAAAGAGUUUUUAAACUGUGUAGAAUGUUUUUGGCAAUCCUCUAAUGUUGUGUGUUUUAUAAUUUUUUUUUCUUUUUCUUUUUUUUUUUUUUGCAGGGGUGGGAAUUCUAUUUUUAUUGUGGUUUUGUUUUUAGGAAAUCUAUACAAAAGGACUUUUAAAUAAAGUUUAAUUGUGGUUUUGAA